AUGUCUGCUGAAAAGCAGCUGGACGCUGCACAUCCCUGGCUUCCUACGCAGAAGUCAGGGAGAGCCUUGCAGGAAGAAUUGUGGUCCAAUGCCCAAGUGGCAACCUUUCGUGAGAUCGUGGCACUGAAGGCAAGGCCUGUGGAGGCAGACAACAGCAAAGCGUCGACGCAAGAUUUUACCUUGCUUCCGUCCUAUCUUACCGAUGAGCUGGGGCAGGACAUUGGCAAUCCAGCCGUGGAUUCAGAUCGGUUGUUGUAUAGGCUGUGUCAGCAUGCUGCGAAGAUGUCAUUACGAAAUGCAUCGGAAGCAACGAAAGCAACCUUGGUGGUCAUGUCAAAAUGGAUCACCUGCAACCGCGGUCUGACACCAAAGGAGCAGUAUGAGUUAUACUGUCGUCAGAAGCCGUUGGUGACGAAGUACUUGGUGAGUGUCUCCUGUGGCAAGUACCUCGUAGAUUUGCCGUUGGAUUCGCAGGAGUUGGACGAAGGCAUUCGGACGCGCGUGUUUCCUACGGGGAAGCCACAGUGUGCCAUGGCACAGGAAAUUCGUGACUAUGUAUGUCAUAUGCCUUUGCGGAAGGAUAAUCGUCUUUUGGUCGGUGACACCCAAGCGGUGUCAGCUACCAGGGUUUCUGGCGGAGGCGGGAUGGCUGUGGAAGAUUUUUGUAAAGCUUUGGAAGCAUGUAGUAAAACGUUGCAACCGCACCAUCAGACGAUGCAAUCGUGCCAUGUAAAUUCUUCGAACGCAAAUGGAACGACAAGUGGACAAGGGCAGGCAUCUCUCUUGGCUAUUUGCGAUCUCCCAAGGGCGGAGGAGGCAGUCACGCUCCCCAAGCACGAAGAACCUUCACAGUCCCAACCGCUUACCAUGACAGUGGAGGAUCAGUUAGCAGCAUUGCGGCAGGAAUUGCCGCCGUCAGCGGGACUCAAGCGGCCCGCAGCAUCCUUGCCAAGCGCGAGGGUUCCGAAGGCGAAGGGAAGGCCACGCGCCCAGCCCGGCCAUGCGCCGAGCAAGGAACGAGCUGUGAAAAAGGUUUUGAAGAGACCAGCGGCUGCAAAGGCAGCUGCGGUUGGCACCUCUACUCCAGCUCUGUCACGCGCAGAGCGGCGAGAGCGGUUGAUGGCGCUCGUGCCACGAGCCAAGCGGCAGGAGUACAAGGGUGAUCUGCAGGGUGUUUGGCUCGAGUUUGUUUGGGUCGUGUGUGGGCCGGCUGGAAGGGGAGACCUCAUGGCGCCGAAGAAGGACGGCAAGGAAGAGAAAGACGACUCGGAUGAGUACACGUACUUGACCGAGGAGGAAGAGGAAGAGCCGGAACCAAUGCCGUCCACCAAGGCGGCGGAGGUGGUCUCACCGAAUGAAAAGGCCGCGGUUGCAGCUGUGCGCAGCUACGAGGCGCGGGCAGCGAAGGAUGAGCCGUCAAGCAGUGAUGACCGUGGGCCACGUGCUCGUGAUCGUCGCUCCCCAAGUCCGGCGCGCCGUGAACGGCGCGAUCGGCCCCCGCCAGUGGAGCCGCGCAGGUCGCGUGUGCCGGAUCGGGAGACGCGUGACACUCGAGAGGCGGCGCCUUUUCCAUCCUUGCCAACUCCUGCGCCAGGUUUGCCACCGCCACCUCCUCCGGAUUCCCUACGGGGGAAUUGGACGACCAAGGGUCGUAAGCAGCGGUGCCCGCAUUGCUGGCAAAAGGUGGGCUCGCGCGGGAGGUUCCACUUCCGGCAUGUCUCAACAUAUGUACUGGAAUGA